AUGCUAACCCGUGAUAGUGUGACGUUAUUCACGGUGUGUUUAAGUACCUUGUCUGAUGCUGCAAAAAUCCUCGCCGUGUUCCCUACUCCGUCAGUCAGCCACCAAGUAGUUUUUCGACCAUUUACUCAAACCCUGGCUCAACGAGGACAUCAAGUCACAGUGAUUACCACAGAUCCUGUCUUCAAGGAUAGAGAACAUCCAGCAAACUUAACGGAAAUAAAUCUCCAUGACUUAUCAUAUAAAGUAUGGACAGAACAAUUUGUGUUAGCACUCGAGUUUGGACGAAAGCAUACUAUCUACGAUCAAAUAGGGACCGCCAUAAAAAUCCUUAAAAAUUUGACCAUAGAACAAUUGAUGAACGAAGAAAUACGACAAUUGAUGAAGUAUGAAAGACAUCAUUUUGACCUCCUAAUUUUGGAAGCAUGGACGAGACAGACGUUUGUAUACUCACACAUAUUUAAAGCACCAGUGAUUUGUGUGAGUUCAUUUAACUUGUUCAUGGGCAACGAUAAGACGUUUGGGAUUCCGAUUCACCCUCUAAAAUAUCCUCUCACGUUUCAACAAAGACUGUAUAACUUAACACUUUUAGAGAAACUAGACGAAUUAUACAAAAACUGGUGGUUCCAUUCAGAGUGGUCGUCUAGUGCGGCAGACGAAAUUCAAGCUUUUCGCGCGAUUUUGGGCCCUGGUUUACCGGAUUAUAAUGAGUUUUACCAAAAUGCUGACAUGCUAUUUUUAAAUAUUCAUCCAAUUUGGAUGGAUAACCAGCCGUUACCAUCAAACGUGAUAUCAAUUUGGGGCAUCCAUAGGAAACCAGAAAAGGAAUUGCCGCGUGAUCUAAAGUCAUAUUUAGAUAACUCUAAGAAUGGCGUCAUAUAUCUUAGCUUUGGAACGAAUGCGCCGUCAACUACUCUGCCACCUGACUUUAUUCGUCUUUUGACCCGGGUAUUUUCAAAGUUGCCGUACGACGUUUUAUGGAAAUGGGAAAAAGAUGUCAUGCCGGGAAAACCAGAUAACGUUAAAAUAAUGAAGUGGUUCCCGCAAUCGGACCUUCUGAGACAUCCGAAAAUAAAAAUCUUUGUUACUCAAGGAGGUUUGCAGUCGACGGAUGAAGCCAUAACUGCUGGAGUACCACUUAUUGGCAUACCGAUGCUUGGUGAUCAGUGGUACAAUGUGGAGAAAUACGAGAAACUCAAAAUCGGUGCCCGGCUCGACAUGGAAACAAUUACUGAAGAUAAAUUUGAGGAUGCCAUUAACUUACUCAUAAACGAUACGAGUUUCAGACACAAUAUUGUAAAACUUCACAGUUUGAUGAAUGAUCAGCCCCAAACCGCCUUAGACAGGGCUAUUUGGUGGACAGAAUACGUAAUACGACAUGGUGGGGCGAAGCACCUCCGAGCCGCUGCGGCCAACUUGUCCUGGUGGGAUUAUUAUGAGAUUGACUUCGUAUUGACACUAGGAGUGAUUUUAUCAUAACACAUACGUCGUUCCAUCAGUAAAGGUCCAUCUUUCAUGAUGGCAUCUACAGUUAGUGUGACGUUUAUCGCGCUGUGUUUAAGUAGCGUGUCUGAUGCUGCCAAAAUUCUUGCUGUUUUUCCUACUCCGUCGAUCAGUCACCAAAUAAUUUUUCGGCCAUUAACUCAAGGACUGGCUCAACGAGGACAUGAAGUCACUGUGAUUACCACAGAUCCUGUCUUCAAAGACACAGAACCGCCAGCAAAUUUAACGGAAAUAGAUCUCCAUGACCUAUCAUACAAAGUAUGGACAGAACAAUUUGUGUUAGCACUCGAGUUUGGACGAAAGUAUACUAUCUACGAUCAAGUAGGGACCGCCAUAAAAAUCCUUAAAAAUUUGACCAUAGAACAAUUGACGAACAAAGAAAUUCAAAAAUUGAUGAAGUAUGAUAAACACCAUUUCGAUCUCCUAAUUUUUGAAGCAUGGACAAGACAGACGUUUGUAUACUCACACAUAUUUAAAGCACCAGUGAUUUGUGUGAGCUCAUUUAACUUGUUCAUGGGCAACGAUGAGACCUUUGGGAUUCCGUUUCAUCCUUUAAAAUAUCCUCUAACGUUUCAACAAAGACUGUAUAACUUAACAUUUUUAGAGAAACUAGACGAAUUAUACAAAAACUGGUGGUUCCAUUCAGAGUGGUCGUCUAAGGCAGCAGGGGAAAUUCAAGCUUUUCGUACGGUUUUGGGCCCGGGUUUACCGAAUUAUAAUGAACUUUACCAAAAUGUUGAUAUGCUAUUUUUAAACACACAUCCAAUUUGGAUGCAUAACCAGCCGUUGCCUUCAAACGUGAUAUCAAAUUGGGGUAUCCAUAAGGAACCUGAAAAGGAAUUGCCGCAUGAUCUAAAGACAUACUUGAAUGUCUCUAAGAAUGGUGUCAUAUACCUCAGCUUUGGAACGAACGCACCAUCAACUACUUUGCCACCUAACUUUAUUCGUCUUUUGAUCCGGGUAUUUUCAAAGUUGCCGUACGACGUUUUAUGGAAAUGGGAAAAAGAUGUCAUGCCGGGGAAACCAGACAACGUCAAAAUAGAAAAGUGGUUCCCGCAAUCGGCUCUUUUGAAACAUCCAAAAAUCAAAGUCUUUGUAACUCAAGGAGGUUUGCAGUCGACGGAUGAAGCCAUAACAGCUGGAGUACCACUUAUUGGUAUUCCGAUGCUUGGUGAUCAGUGGCACAAUGUGGAGAAAUACGAGAAGCACAAAAUCGGUGUCCGGCUCGAUAUGGAAACAAUAACAGAAGAUAAAUUCGAAAAUGCUAUUCAUUCAGUCAUAAACGAUACGAGUUUCAGAGACAAUAUUAAGAAGCUUCACACUUUCAUGAAUGAUCAGCCUCAAAGCGCCUUAGAUAGGGCUAUUUGGUGGACAGAGUACGUAAUACGGCAUGUGACGACAGAACACGUAAGUCAUUCCAUCAGUAAAGGUCCAUCUUUCAUGAUGGCAUCUACAGCCAGUGUGACAUUAAUCGCGCUGUGUUUAAGUAGCGUGUCUGAUGCUGCAAAAAUUCUUGCUGUAUUUCCUACUCCAUCGAUCAGUCACCAAGUAAUUUUUGGAUCAUUAACUCAAGGGCUGGUUCAACGCGGGCACGAUGUAACAGUUAUUACUGCAGAUCCCGUCUUCAAAAAUACAAAACCACCAGAUAACUUAACGGAAAUAAAUAUACACGAUGUGUCAUACAAAAUAUGGAGAGAAGGGUUCGUGUAUGCUCUCAAGUUUGGACCAAGACAUACUAUCUACCAUCAAUACAGCACUAUCGUCAAACUUCUGAAGAAAUUGGCUCUAAAGCAAUUAAUGGAAAAUGAAAUACAAGAAUUGUUGAAGUAUGAUACAAAACAUUUUGAUGUCAUACUUCUAGAAGCAUGGACUAGGCAAACGUUUGUAUAUUCUUAUGUGUUUAAAGCUCCUGUGAUUUGUGUUAGUUCAUUUGGCUUAAUGAUAGGGAACGAAGAGACUUUUGGGAUUCCGAAUAACCCCCUAAAAUACCCUCUACCAUUACAACAAAGACUUUAUAACUUAACGUUUUUGGAGAAACUAGAAGAACUAUACAAAAACUGGUGGUACCGGUCGGAGUGGUCAUCUAAGGCGGCAGAUGAAAUUGAAGCUUUUCGAGGGGUUUUGGGUCCGGGUUUGCCAGAGUAUACUGAAUUGUACAAUAAUGCUGAUAUGCUUUUCUUAAACAUUCACCCAAUUUGGAUUGAUAACCAGCCGUUGCCUUCAAACGUCAUAUCAAUUUGGGGUGUCCAUAAGAAGCCUGAAAAGGAAUUGCCACACAAUUUGAAGUCGUACUUAGACAAUUCUAAAAACGGCAUCAUAUAUCUCAGCUUCGGAUCGAACGUACCAUCAACUACUCUGCCACCUGACUUCAUUCGUCUAUUGCUCCGAGUGUUUUCAAAGUUGCCUUACGACGUUUUAUGGAAAUGGGAAAAGGACGUUAUGCCAGGAAAACCCGACAACGUUAAAAUAGAAAAGUGGUUCCCGCAAUCGGAUCUUCUGAAACAUCCUAAGGUCAAAGUCUUCGUAACUCAAGGAGGUAUGCAGUCGACGGAUGAAGCCAUAACGGCUGGAGUACCACUUAUAGGAAUUCCGAUGCUGGGUGACCAGUGGUACAAUGUGGAGAAAUACGAAAAGCACAAAAUCGGUGUCCGUCUCGACAUGGAAACGAUAACUGAAGAUAAAUUCGAAGAUGCUAUUAAGUUAGUCUUGAAAGACACAAGUUAUAGAGACAAUAUUGUGAAGCUCCGCACUUUAAUGAAUGAUUCUCCUCAAACCGCAUUGGAUAGAUUUGUUUGGUGGACAGAGUACGUAAUACGACAUGGUGGGGCGAAGCACCUUCGAUCCGCUACAGCCAACAUGUCUUGGUGGGACUAUAAUGAGAUGGAUCUCGUAUUUAAACUAGAAAUAAUAGUUUUAUCUAUAUUGAUAGCAGUUUUACUUAUAAGCUACCAAAUGUAUGAUGUUACAGUAAUUACUACAGACCCUGUCUUCACAAAUACAAUACCACCUGGUAACUUGACGGAAAUAGAUAUACACGAUGUAUCAUACAACAUAUGGAGAGAAGAAUUCGUAUAUGCCGUCGAGUUUGGAAGAAGGCAUACUAUCUACCAUCGAUACAGUACCGCCGUUAAACUUCUAAAGAAAUUGACUCUAAAGCAAUUAAUGGAAAAUGAAAUACAAGAAUUGUUGAAGUAUGAUACAAAACAUUUUGAUGUCAUACUUCUAGAAGCAUGGACUAGGCAAACGUUUGUAUAUUCUUAUGUGUUUAAAGCUCCUGUGAUUUGUGUUAGUUCAUUUGGCUUAAUGAUAGGGAACGAAGAGACUUUUGGGAUUCCGAAUAACCCCCUAAAAUACCCUCUACCGUUACAACAAAGACUUUAUAACUUAACGUUUUUGGAGAAACUAAAAGAACUAUACAAAAACUGGUGGUACCGGUCGGAGUGGUCAUCUAAGGCGACAGAUGAAAUUGAAGCUUUUCGAGGGGUUUUGGGUCCGGGUUUGCCAGAGUAUACUGAAUUGUACAAUAAUUCUGAUAUGCUUUUCUUAAACAUUCACCCAAUUUGGAUUGAUAACCAGCCGUUGCCUUCAAACGUCAUAUCAAUUUGGGGUGUCCAUAAGAAGCCUGAAAAGGAAUUGCCACGUAAUCUGAAGUCUUACUUAGACAAUUCUGAAAACGGCAUCAUAUAUCUCAGCUUCGGAUCGAACGUACCAUCAACUACUCUGCCACCUGACUUCAUUCGUCUGUUAACCCGGGUGGUUUCAAAGUUGCCUUACGAGGUUUUAUGGAAAUGGGAAAAGGAUGUUAUGCCAGGAAAACCCGACAACGUUAAAAUAGGAAAGUGGUUCCCGCAAUCGGAUCUUCUGAAACAUCCUAAGGUCAAAGUUUUCGUAACUCAAGGAGGUUUGCAGUCGACGGAUGAAGCAAUAACGGCUGGAGUACCACUUAUCGGAAUUCCGAUGAUGAGUGAUCAGUGGUACAACGUGGAGAAAUAUGAAAAGCACAAAAUCGGUGUCCGGCUCGACAUGGAAACGAUAACUGAAGAUAAAUUCGAAGAUGCUAUUAAUUUGUUCUUAAAAGAUACAAGUUAUAGGGACAAUAUUGUAAAGCUCCGAGCCUUAAUGAAUGAUUCCCCCCAUACCGCAUUGGAUAGAGCUGUUUGGUGGACAGAGUACGUAAUACGACAUGGUGGGGCGAAAAACCUUCGAGCCGCUGCAGCUAAUAUGCCAUUAUGGGAUUAUUGCGAGAUGGAUUUAGUGUUAACACUAGCAAUUAAAGGUCCAUCUUUCAUGAUGGCAUCUACAGCUAGUGUGACGUUAAUCGCACUGUGUUUAAGUAGCGUUGCUGAUGCUGCAAAAAUUCUUGCUGUAUUUCCUACUCCGUCGAUCAGUCACCAAGUAAUUUUUCGGCCAUUAACUCAAGGACUGGUUCAACGCGGACACGAUGUGACAGUAAUUACUGCAGACCCCGUCUUCAAAAAUACAAAACCACCAGAUAACUUAACGGAAAUAGAUAUACACGAUGUAUCAUACAAAAUAUGGAGAGAAGAAUUCGUGUAUGCCCUCGAGUUUGGAAGAAGGCAUACUAUCUACCAUCAAUACAGUACCGCCGUUAAACUUCUAAAGAAAUUGACUGUAAAGCAAUUAAUGGAAAAUGAAAUACAAGAAUUGUUGAAGUAUGAUACAAAACAUUUUGAUGUCAUACUUCUAGAAGCAUGGACUAGGCAAACGUUUGUAUAUUCGUAUGUGUUUAAAGCGCCAGUGAUUUGUGUUAGUUCAUUUGGCUUAAUGAUGGGGAACGAAGAGACAUUUGGGAUUCCGAAUAACCCCCUAAAAUACCCUUUACCGUUACAACAAAGACUUUAUAACUUAACGUUUUUGGAGAAACUAGAAGAACUGUACAAAAACUGGUGGUACCGGUCGGAGUGGUCAACUAAGGAGGCAGAUGAAAUUGAAGCUUUUCGAGGGGUUUUGGGCCCUUCUUUGCCUGAAUAUAACGAGUUGUACAAUAAUGCUGAUAUGCUUUUCUUAAACACUCACCCAAUUUGGAUAGAUAACCAGCCUUUGCCUUCAAACGUCAUAUCAAUUUGGGGUAUCCAUAAGAAACCUGAAAAAGAAUUGCCGCAUAGUCUGAAGUCCUACUUAGACGAUUCUAAAUAUGGUGUCAUAUAUAUCAGCUUUGGAACGAACGCACCGUCAACUACUCUGCCACCUGACUUCAUUCGUCUAUUGAUCCGGGUGUUUUCAAAGUUGCCGUAUGACGUUUUAUGGAAAUGGGAAAAGGAUGUUAUGCCGGGAAAACCCGACAAUGUUAAAAUAGGAAAGUGGUUCCCGCAAUCGGAUCUUCUGAGACAUCCUAAGGUCAAAGUCUUCGUAACUCAAGGAGGUUUACAGUCGACGGAUGAAGCCAUAACGGCCGGAGUACCACUUAUCGGAAUUCCGAUGCUGGGUGACCAGUGGUACAAUGUGGAGAAAUACGAGAAGCACAAAAUCGGUGUCCGGCUCGACAUGGAAACAAUAACUGAAGAUAAAUUCGAAGAUGCUAUUAAUUCGGUCAUAAACGAUACGAGUUAUAGGGACAAUAUUGCAACGCUCCGAACCUUAAUGAAUGAUUCUCCUCAAACCGCAUUGGAUAGGGCUGUUUGGUGGACAGAGUACGUAAUACGACAUGGUGGGGCGAAGCACCUUCGAGCCGCUGCAGCCAACAUGUCCUGGUGGGAUUAUUACGAGAUGGAUCUUUUAUUGAAAUCAGGACUGAUAGUUUUAUCUAUAUUCAUAAUAGUUUUCCUUAUAAGCCACAAAUUGUAUGUAAGAGUAUUUAAAAACUUGGUCUUUAAAAAACUUAAAGCUAGUUAA